AGUACCUGCAUGCACAGUGGGCACCAUUGACUUUCCCGGACUCGGACGUGAUGCUGAUUAUUCGGACAUAACGAUUUUUAUUUUCAGUGAGAAGUAGGCCUACUGAAACUUUAAUAAUUACCCCAAAAUAUUCGCAACAAAAUUUCACAGGCAAAAGGGAUCAGCGAACUCAUUCUAGCGCAGAGUCAUAGGCUACUUUCACAGACAACCUGUGACUUUGAUUUUUCUUUUGUAUUCUGAAUAUUCACUAAGUAAUAAAACAAAAAUUAUAUUAUAAAAUUAAUAUUUUUUGACAGUAUGGUUUCAUUUCGCGUCGCCGGGUUCAUCAUCUUUACUACUAUUUUCAUUAUCAAAGUUUCGGCGGACGACAUCCCGAUGGUUUUCGGGAUAUCUGGGAGCAAUGUGACCCUCCGAAGCACCUACAAGGAAAUUUCGGGCGUUUUUUUGCGUGUUAGCUGGUACCGAAUUAUGCCAGAUGGUCGGGUAGAGCUCAUUGCUUAUUUUAGCUCCUACAGCACAGAGCUUGGCCGAUACAGCGGACAGAUACCCGAUGGCACCACCGAAGUCUCUCUUACUAUCAGAAAUGUGACAUUUAAAGAUUCUGGACAAUAUUUCCCAGCGGUGCAUGAAGGUCAAAAAAUAUCCACAGGGUCAGUAACUCUUCUGACUGUAUUAGACCCCAGGAGAGACCCGAACUUGCAGCUGUUGGUCAGUCACAAACCGGACGGCAGGGUCGACAUACUCUGUGAGAUGAGGGACGUGGGUUUGGACUGGGAUGGGCCGCAUUUGGAGAUGGUAGAUGACACAGACACGUCACUGAUGGACAGCAAGACGGGGGAAGCCGUAGACAACCACAAUGUUUUUGUUCGAUCUGCAAUGAUCUCUUAUGCUUUGGAAAAGCAGACUGUUCGCGUGGCCUGUGUCAGUCAGACCAAAGACAGACAGACAGUAAGACGACGUGAAGUCACACUGCAGCGCGAUGCGAUGAUCUGCCCGUGGCUGCUGUACCUGUCCCUGCUGUGUGGGGUCCUGUUUGUGGUGACCAUGGUCACUGGUGUUGUGUGGUUUUACAAGGCAAAGUGAUCCCGCACAUCACAGGCACGGGAUUCCCUGAUAAACGCUCUGAUGCUGUAAUUAAGCUGCUUUCAUUGCUCCGGGUUAACAACCAUCAUGUGCUACAUUUAUAUCAAUGUGAUAAAACCGAAAUAAGCAAACUAGCAUUGAAGGCUUUCCUUUAGAAAUUACACUGAUGGUAUAUUAACCAUUAGCAGGAUAAACAGUUAAAGGAUGGAUGAUGGAUGGAUGGAUCUAAGGAUGGAGAGAUGGGUGGAUCGUGGAUGGAUGGUAUAAUAAAGUGAUGACUGUUCUGUCUCUGACCAUGUAACCAAGAGGCAUUGCUUGGCCUGUCAGCAUUUAAGAGGCAGCUGUGAUGGAUUGGGGGUCCCUCAGUGUGUCAGUAUUUGGAGGGGGUACUUUUCGAGGAUGUAUAUAAAAUUAAAUUAAAUUAAAUUGAACAAGGUAUUUUAAAAUAUAAUUUAGCAGUAAUAUAGUUAGCUGUGAUCUAUCUGUUGGAUAAGUUGUAGUUUAUUCAUUCUGAAGGUGAACGCGUCGCUAAAAUAAAGACAGCCGCCCAAGGCAUAAUAACUGAUAUAUGCUGCUGAACCUCUUCACUUUAAUUUCAACGCAGUUUUUAAAAGUUAUUCUUUUGCAGCAAUGAGUGAUGUCUCAUUUUAUAAGAGGUUUGCGCGAUGUCAGUAUCAUCAUCGCGCAUUAAUCGCCUAACGCUUAUAUUUAUACCGUAGCCAGACCAGAGACGUCACGUGGGUAUUGAUUAUUUUCCUGUAACCGCACAGGUUGUUCCGACAGCCUAAUAACAGUUUUAUAUUAAUGUGUUUUAAUGUUUUAUUAAACAUGUUAAUUAGGGCUGUCAAAAUUAACGGGUUAACGCGGAUUAAUCCAUCAUCAUGAUUAAUCUGAUUUAAAUUUUUAACG